AUGUCGCAAUAUUACCCGGUCACCAUUUGUCGAUCUGAUGGUCUACUAGAGGUAAGUACCAAAUCUGGAAAAGAGUUAAAUCAACCAACACCGGCGCAACUGGAUGAUAAACCCGAUGCCAAAGGAAAUGUGGACUAUUACCGAAGGCUCUCCGAAAACGACACGAAGGCGAUUGACUGGCGAAGAAAAAUUGGUGGUAUGCUUAUGAAUAUUCUUGGUGGAAAAUCACAUGCCGACCGAAAUUACAUUUUGACUGAACUUCCAGAUGGCUAUGUUCUGUGGGAACACAUUAAGUAUAAUAAGAAUAAAGGAUUGGACGAAAGAAAGAGAGAAAAAGGCAAGCAUGCUGCUGGAAUGUACGACCGACAAGAUGCCUAUCUCUAUGGGCAUCCUCAGGGUCGAAAAAAAAGAUAUAGGAGCCCUGCUGAUUUCUUUCCACACCUGUUAUGGCUAGGUACCGAUAGAGAUGGAGAUUCGGCGAACUGUUCAUGCAAGAUUUGCUCACCAGACGGUGAUGAGGAAGUUGUCGAAGAGAUACAGAUACAACCCGUCGAGAUACCAGUGCGUAAAGAAAUUAAAGCUGCUCCGGCGGCUCCAGUAACAACUACCGUUCCUUUCUCGGCUACACCCUCAGCUACUCCAUCGACAAACUCAUCGGGAUAUAUGUCCCGGUACACUUCUACUCCAACACCUACUAUGCCCUCGAAAAUAGCGUCAAAACCGGUUAUUCAGCUCCCCACAAAAAUUAAAUCAAAAGAGCAACUUGCAGAUAGUGAACCAACGCCUAUGAAUAAGUUUAUAUAUCGACCGGGUGAGUUAGUUUGGUUUAACAAUGGAGCAAACUGGCGGCUUGGUGUUAUAUCGAAAAGAAAUUUGAAGAAUAAUCAGGUACCACGAUAUCUAAUCCAGCCACUUUCCAAUCCCGAACAACAGCAGCCAUUACAGAUCAAAGAACAAGAUUACCUACGGCCUUGGCUUGCUUGGAGCGUUCCGGAAACAACUAAUCCUGACCUCAAGAAUUUACAUUUUGAACAAGUUUCAUGGGAUCGUGUCGUCCGCGGUGAAUUUGACAACGGCCGGAAUACAGAUUAUGUCGUGGAUGGUAGUAUUCUUGCGGCUAAAUCCAUUGAUGCAAGUUAUUCUCUAUUUGAUCGUAUUGAGAAUGCACUUGUGAGUAAUGGUGAUAUUGCUUACAACGGCAUGUUUCUUGGGGCUGAAAAAGUAUGGGUCGGAGAACCGGUACGACUUUCUGGAUACGGAUCCAACAUCGUAAUCUUGAUUAUCGAUCGGAUGGUCGAGCGGCCAGGACUUUCAUCAAGUGUUACAUUCACCGGUGACAUAUACAAACUAGUAGAGAUGCCCACACCACAUAACCGUACCGCUGAUUGGCCCAAGUAUUCACACAAUUUACCACCCCGUAUGAUAACAGACAUUGCAUUUCGAAAUGAGGUGGCGGCAAAAAAGGGGAUCUGGUACGAAUGGCAACUAUUGGCUACGCCAGCCACUAAACAGUUGAAGGAUAUAAAAGGACGUUGGUAUGAGACACAAACGCUUCUUCCAAUCCUUAAAACUCCGCACAAAUAUCAAGCAGAUCUAUUGCUAGGACAAACUAGUGAUGCAGGCGAAUGGAUGAAUGGGCGUAAAGAUAAUAACAACGUUCAAGAACAGCGUCGUAAGAAUCGGCGUGAUACGCUGGGCCGUGCUGUACCUGCCGAUUUUAAGGUUAGUCGUGGCCUUGACGGUCCACCCGAAGAUGAUCAGUUUCCCGAUGAGCAUACUAUGCCGCUCGGUGGGGACUUUGAUAACCUUGAUCAUUUCAUGGACCUCGAACAGGCCUUUUACGGGUCAGGCUUAUAA